AUGGCUUUUUACGAACAAUGCCCUCGCUGCGACUAUUUUGAAGAAAUAAUCUCUAGCCAAAGCAACAAAAUUUCAUCAACGCUUAGCAUGCUUGAGCCUCUAAAUGUCCCUGGAAUUGCAGAAGAAACAAUAAUGGUCCCACAAGUUCACUCGCAAGAAAUGAUCCCUGUAAAACUCCCUAGGGAGCCUACAAGCAGAGAAGAGUCUGAUUACGUCAAAAGUGCAAUGUUUGCUUUAAAUCAAAAGCUUAAAUUGUUAAAAUACCUUGAUCACGAAAAAGAGCAAUUAACUGCUUUAUAUAGCCAAAGCAUUAAAAAUACCAAGGAUAUUCAGCUGUCUGCAGACGACACUUUUAAUCAGCUUAAUGAAGAUAUAAAGCAGCAUGAAAAAGAUAUGGUAGAAAUACAUGAAGAUAUUUUAGAGCUGCAGCAGUUGUUGAAAGAAGAGGAAGAAAAAUGCUCAAGAGCUGAUAGCGUGAUUUUUGGAUUAUUGGAAAAUAAAUCAGAUUUUGAAUCAGAUAUUCAAGAAUUGGCGAAUAAAGUAAAUGAUGCAGCAGAAUUGAUGAAAAAUAUUAAAAAUACCCAAAAUGCUUUGGAAAACACUGAAAAAGAAAGGCAGCAGGUUUUUUAAAAAUCUCCCCCUUAAAAUUUGAACCAAAAAUCCUGUUGCAAUUUCAGGGGUAAAUUUUUUUUUUAAAAUAAAAUUUCUAUACGAAUUUUUUUCUCUAUAAAGAAUUUUUAAAAUCUUUUAACUAAUUUUUAAAAAAUUAGUAAUUUCAUUGUUAAAAUUUUCCUUAUUGAAAAGCAAAUCUAAAGUUGGGUUAAGGUAGCAAAUUUUACCUUUUGUUAUUCCAAUUUAGGGAGGGGAGUAAGGAAACUAAUGAUGAAAUAGCAAGAUUUAGGGAUGAAAAUAAUAAAUUGACUAAUAGUGCUAAACAGUGUGAAGAGGAAAAUAAAGCUCUUAGAGAGACAAUUGAUAAAUUACGAAAAGAAUUGCAAAAUGAAAAGCAAAAAGAAUUGCAGCUUCUGAGAAGGAAACUUCAGCUUCAAGGAGAGCUCGAAAGAAAAAAAGCUUUAAAAACAUUACAAAUUGAAGAAAAAGAGUUCCUGCUCAAUUACAGAGAAAUUGGAGAUUAUUAUAAGAAAUCUAUAAAAGUAUUAAAGCAAGAGAUAAAAAAUACAUUAAAUAUUUAUGAAAACCAAAGAAAAAAAUUAAGCCAGCAAGACGAAAAUAUAAAAGUCUCUAUAGAUGAGCUUCAUAGCCACAUUGCUGUUGUCUCUAACAAAAUCUCAAUUCAAGAAGCAAUUAUCGGCGAUCUUUCUGACAACAACGGGCUUUUACAAUCAAAAAUUGAUCUUUAUUCAAAGAAAUUAGAAGAAACUAUCAGCUAUAACAAAGAUGAAUCCCUUCACGAAUAUUUAAAUCAAUUAUCAACAAAACUUCUUACUCUUGCUGACUUAUUUUUACUUCAAAGCUAUCAAUUAAAUAUUGCCCAAAAAUCAGCAGAUCAUUUGAGGAAUAUUUUAGAAAAUACUUCAGAAGAAAUAGAAAGUCUUGAAAAAGAGGCAGUUGACGAACAAUUAAGGGUAAAAGAAUAUUUUGCAGAAGACGGAGAUGAGCUUGAUAUUUUAUUAGGUGAAAAAAUAUUAAGCCUAGGGAAGCCGUUAAAUAUAGGAAUAGUCAGAUUGGAAGAAGGGAUUUAUAGGAUUGGGGACCAAAAAGUAAAGCUUGCAUUAGAGGGCAAAGAAAUCCAAGGUAAUCAUUAUUUAGUUGUUCAUGAAAACUUCAGCCAAAGCUUUGAAAGAUUUUUAAGCAGUCUAUAG